UUUCCAACAGAUUUUGCCGUACUAUGUGAAGGCCUUCCUCGUGCACAUCCCGGGUUUCACCUGGACUUUUCCUCGCUGCCGUUGUAAGCGCCGCCACAAGCACGAUAUCGUCAAUCAUCAAUUCCCAGGCGGCGGUCGUAUACGUGGACGUGCUAUCGCCGCAUUUUAAAGGCGCCAGUUCCCACGUGAAGUGGAUCACACGAGGCACAGCAUUUCUACUUGGCACAUUGAUGACAAUGUACAGCUGUAUCUGCAUCUACAUGGGCUCAAUUACGCGGGUCAUAAUGAUGGUGCUUUCGGCAUCAACGGGACCCUUCGUGGGCUUGCUCGUAUUGGCGAUCGCGUUCCCAUUUGUGCAUACGAAGGGUGCGGGCAUAUCGACACUCCUGCUCCUGGGAUUCCAGCUACUGGUCAUGUGGCAGGCUAUCCAAAGCGGCGCUAAGCCACCGCUCAUGCCGGUCACGCUCGACUACUGUCCGGUCAACAGCACCCUUCCUGAAAGCAGCUCCAACAUUACAACUAUCGCGCCAAGCGAAAGGUCACAUGACUCCUCUGAUCCAUUUCAACUAUCGCCCUUUUGGAGCUGUCUCUUCAGCACGUGCGGCACCGUCGUGCUUGGAGUCUUGAUAAGCGUUGCAACAGGUGAACACAAAAGGCGGAAAGCUGAUGUGGCACACGUCAACAAGUGGUUCAUUCAUCUCUGGAGAAAACUGGGAUUUGUGGAAUAUGACAUCAAAGAAUUGAAUGCGGACAAGGAGAGAGACGCUGAACAGGCAACUGCCAUCUUAUUACUUAACGGGGACGCGCACAAGCCUGAGACGACGAUAUGAUUGGACGAAUAUUAUAGGAAAGAAAUGAUCUCCAUAGUUCUUCAUAACGUCCUCAUACUCGCUACUCGCGAAUCGAAGUGGGGGAUGGGGGGGGGGGGGUUAUAUUACUGUUACCGCAUCACGGCAUUCUAGACAAGUGCAAUAGGGUAAAGCAUAACCACACUCAAGGCAUAAAUAUGCGCGCAUCAGUUGAAACACCUUGAUUACAGUGUUAUUGAUAAGCAUAGCUUAGACAUUAUUUUAGUUUCGCUUGAGCAUCACUGCCACUUUCCAUACACCAAGCUCUUGUAGAAACGUAUGUUGACUUUACCGCGCUGCUCGACUCAUUUACCUCACUAGUGCAGCUCAACGUGCAUAUAAAAAUUCGAUGUGCCUAUGUUUAACUACCUCUGUAAACUCUAUCCUCAGUAGGGUAGUCGUUGGAGUUGAUAGAACGAGGCUUUCGCAAUAAAUGAAAGUGUCAUUGCUUUUCAUGCUAAGCGCUCUGCAUUAUGGGAUGACAUAGCAGCCCUUAGAUUCAUCAUAAUCAUUACAACGAUCACAGUUCAUUUUCUUCGUUCACGUCAUAUCAAUGUGUGUGUUCAUUGUGCAAUUGUGUAGGCGUGCCAAGCGCAAGGUCAAAUAAAGAAGCCACUCCUCA